AACUCUGUUGCUGACUCACAACAGGCGGCAUUUAUAAACAACAAAGAACUCAGCCGGCUGUGAAGAUUUUUGUGACAAAUCGUUAAACGUCAAAAGGCCUUCUACUUGAUAAAUACUACAAAGAGAACAUAUCCACAAAAAUGGCAGAUCCACGCAUCAGGCAAUUGGUUAUUAAAACGGGUGUUGUCAAAAGACUGGCCAAGGAGAAGACCGUUUAUGAGAAGGAGGUCAACACAGAAAUCGCUCGUCUGGAGAAGUUUAAAACAGAUGGCUCUGACGACCAUGUGCUGCGCAAACAGGCCGAGGUGAUAGAGGAGUGCCAAAUGAUGAUACCAGACUCAAAGCGCAGGUUACAAAAAGAGUACGAUGUGCUAGAGAAAUAUCUACAGGAUGAACAGGAUCUCAAGGAAACGGAGGCAUACACAAAAGCCGCUGAGGUGCUCAGCGAAGCUAAAUCCGUUCUCGAGGUUUAAGUCAUCU